AUGUCGGAUAUCGAACAAUUUGCAAGCACCGUCGUUAUCCCUACUGAAAUCCUUUUGAGUAUUUUUCGAUAUCUUGCACCAAAGCACUUGGCUACAUGUAGAUUAAUUUGUAAUCGUUGGAAGCAGAUAAUUGACGAUGUAUCUCUCAGUGAUAAGUUCUGGUUUCGAUGCUGCAAAUCUGAAUUUCCCUCUAUCUUUAAUCAAGUUAUGUAUAAAGCAAAGGCGGGCACAACUUGGCAAAAAAUUUAUCGAUCCUUAUUUUUAUGGUCUAAAUUCCUAGAUGCCUCUGAAACGGUCGAUGAAUUCGCAUCAGCGUCAAAUAUUUCACAAGAAAUACGCGAUAUUAAGGUUCUCAGAGAUGGCUUGUUAGCUGUCCACACUCGAGAUGGAAUCAGUUAUUAUGACUUGGACACACUUAAGUUUUCCACUAAAUGUAAGUCUAUAAUUGGUAGCUACACUAGCUAUUCAGAAAAUGACAGUUUUACUGUAUACAUUGAUAUUAGCAAUUGUCUUAUUGUUGUUCGCAAGCAAGGACAUCCAGGCCAGGAAUCUAGAAUAAUUAUAAACAAUGUACAAAAAUUUCUAUUGAAUGAUAUUAGAUUAUUUUAUGUAACACAUGACAAUGAAAUACAUAUGUGUAACUUAUGUACAAAUGACCUACAGUCAUUAUUCUUAAAGAAGUUUGAGGAACAAGUGAUGACUUUAGGUUAUAGCAAUACCCUUAAUGUGUUAACAUAUGAAAGAGAAAUUUAUUCUUUAGUAGAUGGUACCUUCAAAUUACAAUGCAAUAUAGAAAUAGUUCCAAACAUGCAACAUAUAUUGUGGAAAUACAAUUUGCUGGAAAGAAUGGACUGGAGGGUUUAUAUACAAUGGAUGUAUAUUUUGAAUCAUACAAUUCAACAAGACGUCCUGUUGAAAGAUAUGUUAAUUAUAUAUCCAUAUGGUGAUGUGUUUUUUGUUGGCACAACAUGGGGUGUUUUCAGAAUUUACUACAAACCAUUUGUAGAUGGUGAAUUUGACUUGUACAACUCUGUACCAAUUAAGCAAUAUAACUUUGCUGAGCGUUCAGAUUGUCCUGUGUUAGCAAUGAGUCCAAUUUUCCAAAUUGAUGUGGUGGAAACUGAGGAUGGGCAUAUUGUAUUAGUGGCAAUGCCAAAGAAGAUAGCUGUUUUAUAUUAUACACACGUGUUUAAGCAAUCCCCAACCUGGCCUGUGUUGCCAUUUAUGGAAGUACAAGAUGUCACAAUAAAAAGCAACUGA